AUGGCAGCAAUCUCCAAUAUCUUCAAUGCCCCAAAUGUCGUUCUUCGGGCGAAACAACGGUAUUGCCAAGCUCUCAAGGCCACUCAUUUGGCACUACGUGAUCCUGGUCAAGUUGUGGCUGAUUCAACUCUCAUGGCAAUUCUCUUGCUAGGACUAUUCGAGAUAAUCAGCUUCGAAAAUUGGAAGGACUACCAUACAUGGAUGACGCAUAUUGAAGGAGCCAUGGCUCUGCUGCGGAUUCGUGGCCAAGAGCAAUUCUCGCGAGAACUGGGUAUACAGCUCUAUGUCCAGUUUCGGAAUUACAUUCUCCAGGCUUGCAUACAACGAGGCGCGCAAGUGCCUCCUGCCUUGGUUGAGGUGACGACCGCCUUCGAAAUCAGCAGGCUCGGGAAGCGCUACAACAGCAUUCGACCAGGAUCCUUAGCUCUUAUAGGGUUUCGAAUCGUCAACCUACGAGCAGACAUCAAAAGCCAUAACGUCACUGAUCCACAGGAGAUCUUCCGUAUUGUAGUCGACAUCAAUGACGACCUACAAGCUUGGGCAAGCUUGCAGACAAGCAGGGUCUACUAUGAGACAGAAGCCGUCGAUGACUGCACAGGCGCCUACUUCAAUGGUAAACGUCACAUAUACGCCAGCGUAUGGGGUGCGCAGGUCUGGAAUAACUGGCGAUCACUGUCAAUCCUCACCAACCAGAUCAUGUUGGACUAUGUCAAUCAGCAGAAGGUGUAUGCCGAGGAAGUCAGAGGAAUAAUGCGCGAAGAUUCCUUAUCAGCCAUACGCAAACUCUCAACUGAGAUCUGCAUCUCGACAGCUGAUCUCUCCGAUUCCCCACUCAUGGGUUACAUGAUCUCAUGGACACCAGCGGCACUUCUGUCGCUGGUCCUGAAGCUCUCUGCCAUUUUUAUCGGCACUCUACUCCUCAAGGUUGUAUGGAGGGCUUAUACCAUUCGAAGGAAGUUCAGACAAGUGAGAGCGCAGGGUAUUCCUAUGCUGCCUCACUCAUGGAUAACAGGUCAUCUGAACGUCAUGUUCGAGUUCCGGAAGGAAUACCCGGGAGACAUCAACAUCGGGAACUUCCAUCCAUGGAUCAUCAACAACUAUAGGAGAUACUUCCCCGACAUGGACCACUGCCCUCCUGUCAUAUACUUAGAUCUGUGGCCCGUUCUGAGGUCACCUAUCGUGGCUGCCUACAGAAACACCGUGGCAGCGCAGUUCACUCAGAUCAAGAACCUCGACAAGCAUCAGAUUUCUCUCGACUUCAUGAAUCCCCUGACCAAGGGCAAAGACAUCGCCACUCUCCAAGGCGAGGACUGGAAGAAGUGGCGCGGGUGGCUCAACCCCGGCUUCAGCUCGAGGAAUGUUUCGACCAUGGUGCCUGAACUCAUCGAGGAGAUUAAGGUCUUCGCUGAGAACCUACGCCAGAAGGCUGGUCAGAACGGGUCUUGGGGCCCCAUGUUUCAGUUCCGCAACAUGACCACAGCGCUCACCUUCGACAUCAUUGUUCGUGCCUCCUUGGACGAACGCUUGCAUGAGCAAACGAAUCCAACUGGCGGACCACUCAGGGUAGCUCUUGCAGAUCAACUGAGAUUGAUGGGCAUCCGGCAGGCGUUCAGCUUCGGCUACCUGUUCCCAUGGCAGAACAAGGCAGUCGAACGCAACAAUCGAAUCGUCCACAACCAACUAUACCCUAACAUUGUUCGUUCGGUAGAAUCGGGCCUCAAGCCUUCCAAGAAGAAGACCGUACUCAACCUAGCUCUGACGAAUCUCGCGGAGGAGGCUGGCGGUCGCCCAGUAGACCCAGCUACCGACCCUGACAUGAUGGAGACCAUCAUCAGCAACCUCAAGACUUUCCUCGUCGCCGGCCACGAGACGACCGCCAGCGCGCUGUGCUUCAUGUUCAAAGUUCUUCAGGACAACCCCGACUGCAUGGCUAAAGUCCGCGCCGAGCACGACGAGGUCUUGGGACCGGAUCCGGACCAGGCGGCUGAGAUCCUCAGUGGCUCCCCUCAACUGCUCGGCUCGCUGAGAUAUACUCAUGCAGUCAUUAAGGAGACGCUGCGCAUGUAUCAGAUGGCUUCAACUAUGAGAGGUGGAGAGGCCGGCUUCUACCUGAAUGACCCAGAGGCUGGGAGGCAGUAUCCUACGGAAGGCUUCCUUGUAUGGGAUGGUGGCCCGGGAAUGCAGCUUGACCCGUCUCUGUGGCCUCACGUUGACAAGUUCAUCCCGGACCGCUGGCUUGUGCCUGCCGAAGAUCCGUUGCAUCCUGUCAAGGACACAUGGCGAGCGUUUGCCAGAGGUCCCCGAGAUUGCAUUGGUCAAGAAGUCGCGCUGGUGGAGAUCAAGUUGGUGGCAGCUCUGAUCAUGCGCAAGUUCGAUGUGGAAGAGGCGUGGGAGGAUUGGGACAUCGCCAAAGGACUCAGUGGAAAGAAGGAUAUGGUCAGAGGCCAGCGUCUAAUCAACAAUUUCUUGGGCAUCAGGUACGCAGAGGCGCCGGUGGGAAACCUGCGAUGGAGACCACCCGUACCUAUCCGGUACGAAGCCGACUCGGACGCGGCGGUGCACAUCAAUGCGACGACGUACGGGCCGAAUUGCGUCAGUGGAAGAGUGCCCUGGAGCCCAUUUUGGGAGUUGGCCAACAGCAAGAAGAAAUCUCAUCGGAGGAAAAACAGCCACGAGGAGAACUUCGAAGAUGAAGACUGUCUGGUAUUGAAUAUUCAGACCCCUAUGAAGCCCAGGUCCAAGCGGCUUCCAGUCCUGGUCUACAUACACGGCGGAGGAUACGUGAGCGGCAGUGCCUACCCGGUAAACGGGAACAGCCUCGUGGCCCAGUCUGAUGGGUCGAUCAUCCACGUUCAGUUGCAGUACAGGCUCGGAGCCCUAGGAUUCCUCUCGGGCGACGAAGUCAAUCAUGACGGCACGGCGAAUGCCGGCCUUUUGGAUCAGAGAAUGGCGUUGAGGUGGGUUCGUGACAAUAUCCAUGUCUUUGGCGGCGAUCCCACCCGCAUCACCAUCUCGGGCAGCAGUGCGGGAGGGGGGUCUGUUGCAAUGCAGAUGGUAAUGUUCGGCGGAUCCGAAGAAGCCCCUUUUCAAGCGGCGAUUUUGGACUUCCCCUGGUGGUCUCCAAUGUACGACCGAGACUGGCAACAGAACCAAUACCGCAAUCUCUUAAGAGCAGCCAGGUGCUCUUCCCUAACCUGCCUCCGCAAAGCCUCCCUCACACGCAUCAUAUCCGCAACGGAAGAAGCCUCCCAAAGAGCCUACAACAAAAAGCAAUUCGCCCACGGCACGUUCUACUGGGGCCCGGUCGUGGACGGCCAUGUCAUCGUCCGCCACCCCAUCAGGGAGUUCCGCGACGGCCGCUUCACCAAGAUCCCCGUGCUGACGACGCGGAGCUACGACGAGGGUUUCGUCUUCACCAACGUCUCCGUGGAAUCGGAGGCGGACGCCAUGGCGGAUCUCUCCACGCUCUGGCGCGAGGACGACGGCUUCUUCGCCAAGACCCUGAUGAUGCUGUAUCCGUCGACGGUGUACAACAGGUCGCACCUGGAUACCUUCAAUCGUCGUGGUGGGGCCCAGUUUUUGAAACUCAUUGACCACCCCCUUUCCGACGCCUUUGUCAGGUUGUCUACGAUCUUUGGCGAUGCGUUCAUAAAUUGCCCCACGAGCCAUGCGGCCAGGCACGUGGUCAAGUACGGCCGGAAGGCGUGGAAGCUGGUCUUCAAAGCGGGAUAUGAAUGCCAUGGAAGUCCACUUUCCUUCCUUUACAGCGAGAAUGAGAACGCCGACGGUCAACAAGACGUUGGAGAUCUGACCUUCCCUGGGAAUCCCACGUUGGCGGACAGGCUCCGCAGCUAUUGGAUCUCGUUCGCCAUACACCACGACCCCAACAGAGGCCGAUACUCAAGGCUUCCCGCGCCUUCGUGGCCGGAGUAUGACCCGGAGGAUCCGCAUGUUCUGUGGGUUGAACAAACUAGUAUGCGAACUCGACCAGACCCGGACAAUUCGGCCAACUGUCAGUUCUUCCAUGAUUGCCGCGGCAACAAAUGUGGUCUUGUGGAGGAAUGGUGA